GCUGCAAUGCCAAGCUGGGCUGGAUAGGAGGCUUCCGCGGCUUCGGGUUCUAUGCCCGUGCCCACGAACGUCGCUGCGUGGCUCGGCAGGCAACAAGCCCGCGCCAGGCUGCCGAACAGGUCGAGAUCUGCAUCACCACCCAGCCCAGCGAAGCUGAAGUGCGCCUCAAGGUUCCAGUCCACAUCACUACACGGCAGCUGAAAAAGCGGCUGUGGAAGGAACUGACACCGCACGUCCGCCCGGGCCGACUGAAGCUUUUGCUCUUCGGCCGCGUCCUGGCAGAUGAAGAGGUGCUUCCGGUAUCUGCUAAGCAGCCGCAAGCCCUUCAGUGUCAUUGCCUGCCUCACGCUGUUAGAAACAUGGGGACUGACGAUAACCACAAGCAGGAUGUCAUGUUCAAGGUGGUGCUGGUGGGACCCUCGGGUGCUGGAAAGACGAGCAUCUUGAGAAGAUUCUUGGGCCUUGAGUUUUCGGAGAAAACAUCCCCGACCCUGGGGGUGGAUGCGGAGACGAAGAAGUUGGUCGUAGAUGAGUCAUUGCGCGUGACCUUGCGGCUCUGGGAUUCACAGGGCCGCCGCCGAAAAGGCGACGAUGCUGAGCACGACCUUGAAGCCGCCCUUUACAACGGCGCGGUCGCUGUCCUUCUUUGUGCAGACGUCAGUGACCCAAGCUCCUGUGAGGAGCUUGCGAGGUUUCUGGAUUUGAUGGACAGGCAUUGCCGUCAAGAUGUCAUCAAGGGGGUUGUGGCAAAUAAGGUGGAUCUGCGACAGGACGUCACCGAGGUGACAGCCGCAAACGACUUCGCAACUCAACACUCCAUGAGAUAUUUUGAGGUAUCUGCCCGGACCAACGAGGGGGUGGAUGCGAUGUUCCACGACUUGGUGGGGCAGCUGAUCGACGCACACCACCCAACUUGA